UGGACUAGUCAGAUUUUGAUUGUUCUGUAGUGUAAAAUAAAGAAUAAAAUCAGUAGUAGAUGACAGCAGUUUCAGUGAAGGAUAUUUGCCUCAAAAAGAAAGUUGGAUCAAUUUGGUGGAAUCAGAUCUUGCAACCAGUUCAGCCAGAUAACUGUAGAAACUCUGACCCACAAGUACAAAUUCAACAGAAUGGAGCAGAUUGCUGCUGGAGCCGGCGGAGAAGUUCCCGUCUAUGAUCGGAAUAAAGAGUUGAAGGCCUUUGACGAAACGAAAGCUGGUGUCAAAGGGCUGGUUGAUGCUGGAAUUCAAAAGAUCCCAAGAAUAUUUGUUCGAACACCUGAGGAGUUCACAGAGGACUUGGCAUACAAAUAUGAGGAUGAUAAAAUUGAUAUUCCUCUGAUAGAUCUCCAAGGAAUUUCAAUAGAUCAACGACGCAAGGAGAUAAUUGAUGAGGUUAGACAAGCAUCAGAGACUUGGGGUUUCUUUCAAUUGGUGAAUCAUGGAAUCCCUUCAACUGUAAUGAAUGAGAUGAUCCAAGGCGUAAGACGAUUUCAUGAGCAAGAUGUAGAGCUCAAAAAGCAGUUGUACACCAAAGACACCAGUCGAAAAGUGCAGUUUGACAGCAAUUUUGAUCUUUACAGAUCCAGAUCUGCUAAUUGGAGGGAUACCCUUCGCUGUCUUUUUUUAACUCAUGAUCCUAUGAAUCCAGAGGAACUGCCAGACACCUGCAGGGAUAUAGUAGUCGAUUACUGGAAGCAUAUUAUGAAUGUAGGAGAUACUCUGUCUGAGUUAUUUUCAGACGCUCUGGGGCUAAACAAAGACCACCUCAAAGGCAUGGACUUUGCUCAAUGGUUAACACUUAAUUGUCAUUAUUAUCCAGCAUGCCCAGAGCCUGAACUGACCCUAGGUACAACUCAGCAUUCAGACCCAAGUUUCUUCACUAUUCUUCUCCAAGACUGUUUUGGUGGACUACAAAUUCUUAAUCAGAACUGCUGGGUUGCUGUCAAGCCUAUCCCCGGUGCUCUAAUAGUAAAUAUCGGCGAUUUUCUUCAGCUUAUCAGUAAUGGCAAGCUUAAAAGUGCCGUCCAUCGAGUACUUGCUAAUCGUGUUGGACCAAGGGUAUCAGUGGCAUGUUUUUUCAGAGGAAGUACCGCAAGGUUAUAUGGUCCUAUAGCGGAGCUGUCUGAUGAAAACUCUUCUAUAUACAAGCAUACCACAGUUAAAGCUUACACAGAACAUUACUACUCUAAAGGACUUAGCAGAGUUUCGGCCUUAAACCACUUCAAGCUGUGAAGUGACUGUGGAGUUCCUUGAAAUCGGGAGGACAAACUACUAUUGAUGGCAGCCUGAAACCUUUGUUAAUGUUUACUACUGUUUGUUUGUAAUAACUAAUCACCAAGGAGCAAGGAAUAAAAUCAGGCAUUCGAGAAACAGGAUGUCUCUUCUUUCUGAAAUGUUUACCUAGUUUCAGGGUAUAAGUUAACACUGAUGCAGAGUAAUUAAUGUGGUCACUUCGUAGUCUCAA